UACUUUUCUACUUAGGGGAUUUAAUGGCCCUAAGCUUAUUUUCCCUUCUCUGACAGAGGUGGCCUUUUAAGGAUUUGGGAAUGCAUUCUCUCUGGCAUUAUGUCAGUGAAUGGAAAGAAGGUUCUUCACAUGGAUCGUAAUGCAUACUAUGGAGGUGAAAGUGCAUCCAUUACACCCCUGGAAGAUUUGUACAAACGGUUUGGCUUGCCGGGAUCCCCGCCAGAGUCGAUGGGCAGAGGUAGAGACUGGAAUGUGGACCUGAUUCCAAAGUUCCUGAUGGCUAAUGGUCAGCUGGUCAAGAUGCUGCUGUACACAGAAGUCACGCGCUAUCUGGACUUCAAAGUGAUAGAAGGAAGCUUUGUCUACAAGGGAGGGAAAAUCUACAAAGUUCCUUCGACUGAAGCAGAAGCCCUGGCGUCCAGUCUGAUGGGCUUGUUUGAGAAAAGGCGCUUCAGGAAAUUCCUAGUAUACGUGGCCAAUUUUGAUGAGAACGAUGCCCGCACUUUUGAAGGCGUGGAUCCCAAGAAGAACACCAUGCGGGACUUGUACAAGAAGUUUGACCUUGGCCAAGAUGUCAUAGAUUUCACCGGCCAUGCCCUGGCGCUCUACCGAACCGAUGACUACCUAGACCAACCCUGCCAUGAAACAAUCAACAGGAUUAAACUGUACAGCGAGUCUCUAGCUAAAUACGGCAAGAGCCCCUACCUGUACCCUCUGUAUGGCCUGGGGGAGCUGCCCCAGGGGUUUGCAAGGUUAAGUGCUAUCUACGGAGGUACCUACAUGCUGAACAAACCGAUUGAAGAGAUUGUCGUAGAAAAUGGCAAGGUGGUCGGAGUGAAAUCCGAAGGGGAGGUUGCCCGCUGCAAGCAGCUCAUCUGCGACCCAAGCUACGUCCCGGACAGAGUCAAGAAGGCAGGCAGGGUGAUCCGGGUCAUCUGCAUCCUGAGCCACCCGAUCAAGAACACCAACGAUGCCAAUUCGUGCCAGAUCAUCAUCCCCCAGAACCAGGUUAACCGGAAAUCGGACAUCUACGUCUGCAUGAUUUCAUCUGCGCACAACGUGGCCGCCCAAGGGAAGUACAUCGCCAUUGUGAGCACUACUGUGGAGACGAGCGACCCGGAGAAGGAGAUUAAGCCUGCCUUGGAGCUCCUUGAGCCCAUUGAGCAAAAGUUUGUUAGUGUCAGUGACCUGUUUGCACCAACCGACCUGGGCACAGAGAGCCAGAUUUUUAUUUCUCGUACCUACGACGCCACCACCCACUUUGAGACGACGUGUGACGACAUCAAAGACAUUUACAAGAGGAUGAUGGGCUCAGAGUUCGACUUCGAAGAGAUGAAGCGGAAGAAGAACGACAUCUACGGGGAGGAGGACCAGCAGUAGGCAGUACUUUCGAGUCUCUUACACUUAGCGACUCCGCGGGCUCUUGUCGGUGCGUCUGCACAGAGGAGCAUCAGCAAGCACCGUGCGAGGUUCCAAAUUGUAAGGCCUGCUUUUUUUUUUUUUUUUGGGUAAUCCUGUCUCUUGAGAUUGAAAAGAGUCUCGCACUGGCAAAACGCUCUUCCCCCCUCUUUGGAUAUAAUCAUGUGUUAAUUAUUCUUUAAACGAGGUUGCUGUGUCAAAAUUGGCAAAUACUGACACUCUUGACUUGAUAACCAUUGCUAACUCAAGGACAAAAGCUCUCCCCCUAGCCCCCCCAAAACACACCACACUACCCCUAAUGGAAACAUCUGUAUGUAACAUCUGGAUCACUCCUGGCUGAAGCCUUGUAGCCGUCUCUAGUGGUGAAAGCAACGGGGGCUUCCUGGCUAUGUUUUGCCUUUCAGCCAUCUACGCCUCUCAGCCUGGGAGAAAGGGGGCCUCUUAAUGGCUAGCUACAUGGCCGGGUUUCUGCCCAGCGCUCAUCUCUCUCUCUUUCUCUCCCCUUGCCCCCGCCACCUUGCCCCUCCCAUCAUCUCCCUCUCCCGACUAAAAGUUUCUCUCAAGCCGUUUACAUCUGUUGGGACACAACGGUGCUGCAAGGCUGAAUAUGUGUUUUACAAGUGAUACUAAUAAAAAAAAUACUACUUGGUGCAAAGAACGAAGCUCCCAAGCAGGCCAGGCCUAUG